ACUUAAGAGCCAGAAUCAGCYUGGGGGAGCCUGUGCUGGUCAGGAUGGCUACUGGGGAGCAGAGGCAGCAGGAGCGACGCCGGCAGAGGGUUCGGCAGCAAGAGCUGCUCCCGGCAGAAAUCCUGGGCAAGCACCCCCUGCAGAACAGAUGGGCACUGUGGUUUUUCAAGAACGACAAGAGCAAGAUGUGGCAGGCGAACCUGCGCCUCGUCACCAAAUUCAGCACUGUGGAGGACUUCUGGGCACUGUACAGUCACAUCCAGCUUGCCAGCAAGCUCACAGCAGGCUGYGACUACUCCCUCUUCAAGGAUGGCAUUGAGCCCAUGUGGGAGGACAGCCAGAACAAGCGUGGUGGGCGCUGGCUCAUCACCUUGGCCAAGCAGCAGCGGCACACYGAGCUGGACCGUUUCUGGCUGGAGACGGUGAGUGCAACCCUGCUCGAGGGGGUCUUGGCUGUGCUGCUCCCCCUGCCCCAAUUCCCCAGUGAGGACUGUCCCAGGCUUCUCUUCUCCUCCCAACAGCUGCUGUGUCUCAUUGGGGAGAUGUUUGAUGAGUACAGCGAYGAGGUGUGUGGGGCUGUCAUCAACAUCCGCGCCAAGGGGGACAAGAUUGCCAUCUGGACCCGGGAAGCAGAGAACCAGGCAGGGGUCACCCACAUCGGGCGUGUCUACAAGGAGCACCUGGGCCUGUCACAGAACGUGGCCAUUGGCUACCAGGCCCAUGCGGACACAGCCACCAAGAGCAACUCCCUUGUCAAGACCAAGUUUGUGGUGUGACUCUGGGGGGAGUGGGGAGCUG